GACAAGGACUAGCGGCUCCGGGCGGCUGCGGCGCAGGCCGGGCGCACCGAGUGACGGGCCGAGAGAGGGACGGACGCGCGGGCGGACGCGGCGGAGCGCUUCUUUCCAGAGCCCGACAUGAAUGGAUACAUGGACUUUUCCCGUAGUCCCACCAGCCCCACCAAGGAGCCAGGGGAGCCUCAGCCCAGCCAGGCUGCGCUUCAGGAAGACGUGGACAUGAGCAGUGGCUCCAGCGGAAAUGAAACCAAUGAAAACUGCUCCACAGGGCGGGACUCUCAGGGCAGUGACUGUGAUGACAGUGGGAAGGAGCUGCGGAUGCUAGUGGAACCUUCCAACACUCACCCGAGCCCUGAUACCUUCAGACUGAUGAUGACGGAGCCAGAACACAACCCCCCCACAAGCGGCUGCAGUAGUGAGCAGUCUGCCAAAGCUGACGCACACAAAGAACUGAUAAGGACACUGAGGGAGCUGAAGGUCCACCUCCCCGCAGACAAGAAGGCCAAGGGGAAGGCCAGCACGCUGGCAACCUUGAAGUAUGCCCUGCGGAGCGUGAAGCAGGUGAAGGCUAACGAGGAGUACUACCAGCUGCUGAUGUCCAGUGAGAGCCAGCCCUGCAGUUGUGAUGUGCCCUCCUACACCAUGGAGCAGGUCGAGGGCGUUACCUCGGAGUACAUCGUGAAGAAUGCUGAUAUGUUUGCUGCGGCUGUGUCCCUGGUGUCUGGGAAGAUCCUGUACAUCUCUAACCAAGUUGCCUCCAUUUUUCACUGUAAGAAGGAUGCCUUCAGUGACGCCAAGUUUGUGGAGUUCCUGGCUCCUCAUGAUGUCAGUGUGUUCCACAGCUACACCACCCCUUACAAACUUCCGCCCUGGAGUGUGUGCAGUGGAUUAGAUUCUUUCACUCAAGAGUGCAUGGAGGAGAAGUCUUUCUUCUGCCGUGUCAGUGUUGGGAAACACCACGAGAAUGAGAUUCGCUACCAGCCCUUCCGCAUGACACCCUACCUGGUCAAGGUGCAAGAGCAGCAGGGUACCGAGAGCCAACUCUGCUGCCUGCUGCUGGCAGAGAGGGUACACUCAGGCUAUGAAGCCCCUAGGAUUCCUCCUGAGAAGAGAAUCUUUACAACAACGCAUACACCAAACUGCUUGUUCCAGGAUGUGGAUGAAAGGGCAGUCCCCCUCCUGGGCUAUCUACCUCAGGACCUGAUCGAGACACCUCUGCUCGUGCAGCUCCACCCCAGCGACCGGCCCUUGAUGCUCGCCAUCCACAAGAAGAUCCUGCAGGCCGGCGGACAGCCUUUCGACUAUUCUCCCAUCCGAUUCCGCACCCGCAAUGGGGAGUACAUCACACUGGACACCAGCUGGUCCAGCUUCAUCAACCCCUGGAGCCGGAAGAUAUCCUUCAUCAUUGGGAGGCACAAAGUCAGGGUGGGCCCUUUGAAUGAGGACGUGUUUGCAGCCUCUCCAUGCCCUGAGGAGAAGACUCCGCACCCCAGCGUUCAGGAGCUCACAGAGCAAAUCCACCGGCUGCUGAUGCAGCCUGUCCCCCAUAGCGGCUCCAGUGGCUAUGGGAGUCUGGGCAGUAAUGGGUCCCACGAACACCUGAUGAGUCAGACAUCCUCCAGCGACAGCAAUGGUCAUGAGGAGUCCCACCGGAAGAGAUCCGGAAUUUUUAAGAAUGGUGGCAAGAUUCAGACCAAAAGUCACUUUUCUCAUGAGUCUGGAGAACAAAAGGAACCAUCUGUUGCAGAAAUGCAAAGCAGCCCGCCAGCUCAGGUGAAAGCUGUCACUACCGUAGAAAGGGACAGCUCAGGGGCCAGCUUCCCCAAGGCCGGCUUCCCAGAGGAGCUAACCUACAAGAACCAGCCUCCCUGCUCCUACCAGCAGAUCAGCUGUCUGGACAGUGUCAUCAGGUACCUGGAGAGCUGCAAUGAAGCUGCCACCCUGAAGAGAAAGUGCGAGUUCCCAGCCAACAUCCCGUCCCGGAAGGCCACAGUCAGCCCUGGGCUGCACUCGUCAGAGGCAGCCCGGCACUCCAAGGUGACCAGCCACACGGAGGUCAGCGCUCACUUGAGCUCCCUGACGUUGCCAGGCAAGGCGGAGAGUGUGGUGUCCCUCACCAGCCAGUGCAGCUACAGCAGUACCAUCGUCCACGUGGGCGACAAGAAACCACAGCCGGAGUUAGAGACAGUAGAAGAUGUAGCCAGCGGGCCUGAGUCCCUGGAUGGUGCAGCCGGUGGCCUCAGCCAGGAAAAGGGGCCUCUGCAGAAGCUGGGCCUCACCAAGGAAGUUCUGGCUGCACAUACACAGAGAGAGGAGCAGGGCUUCCUGCAGAGGUUCAGGGAGGUGAGCAGGCUCGGAGCACUGCAGGCUCACUGCCAGAACUAUCUCCAGGAGAGGUCCCGCGCCCAGGCGAGUGAGCGAGGUGAGUGCCGACCUGACCUGAGCGUGCAUUUUUUAAACACUUCCUUCUUUUUAAGACGGGAUCGUGCCAUCCUGUUCCAACAGGCCUCCCUAUGAUUACAGGUGUGGGCCUCCUGGCCUGGCUCAACAGUGCUCUGCAUCCAGUGCUGGCUUCAUGCUGAGCUGUGCCCAGGUCGGAGGUGUUCACGUGGAGUAGCCACUGCCAUUUUGCUGGCGGUGCAGCCUGGGAACACUUUUGAGGAUGCAGCCUCAUGUUCCCAAGGGAACAAUACUGUAAACAGUUGCGGAGCCCUAGGCUAGCUUCAGCAAAUAGUGGGGUGGGGCUUUUGUCCAUACUCUGGGGUAAAAAGUGAAGUUCGACCUGCAAAGAAUGAGCAGGCAGCUCUUAGGAACGAAGGGAUGACUGUCCCCUUCCAGCAGACUCACCCUCCUGGCCUGGGGCUGCCCUGUGGACAGCCAACCUCAGCCAGAGCUGCUAGCAUAGAACUUCACUUCAGUUCAGGGCCAUAAUCCCUGGGUAGUUAUGUUCAGGAAUGAAAUAAGAUCCACUAGUUGCCUGAGGGCUUUCUGUUUCAGGAACCUGGUUCUUGAGUCUAGCUACCUGUCCACAAACUCACAAUGGGAUCAGGCUCAGUCCACAAUCCCCCCCACCCGGCUCCUGUGUGUUCCUGGAGUUAUCUCCAGUCCCGCCUGGGCCAGCAGCCACUCAGACUCAAAUAAACACA